ACAUCAUUAAUAUUGUUAAUUAAUUGUAGCUUUGUUAAAUGAACAAGUAGAUAGCAUCUUUCGGAAAUUAUUAAACAGUUAAUAUGGUUGUGACCUGAGGCAAAAUUUCAAUACGUAAGUUCCAUUCUUGUCGAUGGCCAUGGCCUUUUGAAGCAGCUAGUUGUUUUUCACUUUAAAUGUUAUUUGUUGUUGCCCUGUUACUUUUUAAUGUAGUGGGAGGGUUCUUCCAAUUUAGUAUUCCACAAUUGGAUGAAAAGAAAUGAAAUUGAGAAUAAUUGGGGAUAUGUUGGAAUUGCAGAUUAGUUUCUCAACUGUUGGCUACAUGCUUGAUCUCAUACUUGCACUGAAGAGUUUUAUAGUUAGUUCUUCAAAUGAAAAGGCGGUGAAGAAACAAAAAUUGGUUGGACACCAAGAUGCUGAAGAUCCUUCUAAUAACAUAUGGAGAAGAGAUAAUCCAGUCUAUAUCCUUAGUUCCCUUCUUGAUGUUUUGCUAUUGAAGAAGGACAUAACAAAUAGGCAUUUACUGUUAGGAUCCUUAUUUAAGCUUCUUAGCAAGGUAUUUUCAGAGGAAUGCGUGAACGAAUCCUUUAUACCUGUGCAAAGGUUAAGCCAAAAAUCAAGUUCUUCUGAAGCCAACAAAAGCACAAUAUAUCAUAUUCAACAGACUCUAUUGAUAAUCCUGGAGGAUAUAAUUAUUUCUCUUAAAAGCAUUGCCUCACUGAAUGAAAAUAUUAAAAGUGAAAUUAACAUUAAGCUACUGAUAGAGUGUGCCCAGAACUCUGAAGUUAUCACCCGCAACCAUAUAUUUUCUGUUCUUUCUGCUAUUACUAGAGUUUAUCCAGAAGAAGUUUUUGAGUAUAUGCUCGAUAUUCUUGUAGUUAUUGGAGAUGCAGCCGUCACACAGAUUGAUGACCAUUCAAGGAUUGUUUUUGAGGAUCUUAUAUCUGCAAUUGUUCCUUAUUGGCUUUCUAAGACAGAUGAUGUGGAGAAACUACUGAAGAUUUUCAUGGAAAUAUUUCCUGAAAUUGUUGAACACAGAAGGCUGUCAUUUGUGCUAUAUUUAUUAAGAACUUUGGGUGAGGAGAAAAGCUUAUCGUCAUUGCUUAUCCUACUUUUCCGUUCGCUAAUUUCAAAGAAAACCAGUUGUUUUCUUAAUGCUGAGACAGCAGAUGAUUUAACAUUUUAUACUAAGGAGUGGGAAUAUAGAUUUGCAGUGCAAAUUUGUGAACAGUUUACGAGUAAGAUUUGGCUUCCUUCUCUAGUCAUGCUGAUUGAACAGAGGGUGAAUAGAGAUGUUGACCAGACACAGCUCCUGGAGUUGUUUAUUGUGAUGCAAUUUUCUUUGCAAAAGUUGCAAGAUCCAGAAUUUAUGUUUAAGUUGGAAUCAAGAGAAGAUGCCGCUGUCAUUCAG